AUGGAGGCCAGCGCCGGUUUGGUCGCAGGGUCGCACAACCGGAACGAGCUCGUUGUUAUCCGGCGAGAUGGAGAAUCUGGACCGAGGCCAUUGCAGCAGCUCAGCGGCCAAAUCUGCCAGAUUUGCGGGGAUGAUGUUGGGCUCACCGCUGACGGCGAGCUCUUUGUCGCCUGCAACGAGUGUGCCUUUCCGAUCUGCAAAACUUGCUAUGAGUAUGAGCGCCGAGAGGGCAACCAGGUCUGCCCUCAGUGCAAGACCCGGUUCAAGCGUCUCAAAGGGUGUGCUAGAGUGGCUGGUGAUGAGGAGGAAGAAGGCAUUGAUGAUCUUGAAAACGAAUUCAGCUUUGCAGGGAGGAAUGAUCAGGACAUGCAAUACAUGGCAGAGGCCAUGCUGCAAGGCCAUAUGAGCUACGGCCGUGGUGGGGAUGUCGACAUGCCUCAAGUUGUUCAUACAAUGCCUCAAGUUCCCUUGCUUACCAAUGGUCAAAUGGUUGAUGAUAUUCCUCCUGAACAGCAUGCUCUUGUUCCGUCAUUCAUGGGCGGCGGUGGGAAAAGGAUUCACCCUCUGCCUUUCAUGGACCCUAGUCUUCCAGUGCAACCUAGAUCUAUGGAUCCUUCAAAAGAUCUUGCUGCCUAUGGCUAUGGAAGUGUGGCAUGGAAGGAGAGGAUGGAGAGUUGGAAGCAAAAGCAAGAGAAACUUCACUCUGUGAGGAAUGACAAUGGUGGCAAGGAUUGGGAUGCUGAUGGUGAUAGUCCAGAUCUACCAUUGAUGGAUGAAGCAAGGCAACCACUGUCAAGAAAGCUGCCUCUUCCAUCCAGCCAGAUCAACCCGUACAGGAUGAUUAUCAUAAUCCGUCUAGUAGUUCUUGGCUUCUUCUUUCAUUACCGAGUAACUCAUCCUGUGGAUGAUGCAUUUGCCCUGUGGCUCAUAUCUGUGAUUUGUGAAAUCUGGUUUGCAAUGUCAUGGAUUCUUGAUCAAUUUCCCAAAUGGCUUCCAAUUGAGAGGGAGACAUAUCUGGACAGAUUGUCACUGAGGUAUGACAAGGAAGGCCAACCUUCUCAACUAGCUGCAGUUGACUUAUUUGUGAGUACGGUUGAUCCUCUGAAGGAACCUCCGUUGGUCACUGCAAACACUGUUCUCUCCAUCCUUGCAGUUGACUACCCCGUUGAUAAGGUUUCCUGCUAUGUUUCUGAUGAUGGUGCUGCAAUGCUAACAUUUGAAGCUUUAUCAGAAACCUCUGAAUUUGCAAAGAAAUGGGUUCCUUUCUGCAAGAAAUUCAACAUUGAACCACGGGCACCCGAAUGGUAUUUUCAGCAAAAGAUUGAUUAUUUGAAGGAUAAAGUCCUACCUUCUUUUGUUAAGGAAAGAAGAGCCAUGAAGAGAGAGUAUGAGGAGUUCAAGGUUCGUAUCAAUGCUCUGGUCGCAAAAGCCCAGAAGGUCCCAGAAGAAGGGUGGACAAUGCAGGAUGGAACUCCCUGGCCUGGGAAUAAUGUCCGUGAUCAUCCUGGGAUGAUUCAGGUAUUUUUGGGCCAAAGUGGUGGGCAUGAUACUGAUGGAAAUGAACUGCCUCGUUUGGUGUAUGUCUCUAGAGAGAAGAGGCCUGGAUUCAACCACCACAAGAAGGCCGGUGCUAUGAAUGCUCUGGUUCGAGUUUCUGCUGUGCUUACCAAUGCACCUUAUCUCUUGAACUUGGAUUGUGAUCAUUAUAUCAACAACAGUAAAGCACUCAGAGAGUCAAUGUGUUUCAUGAUGGAUCCUCUUGUGGGAAAGAAAGUGUGCUAUGUACAGUUUCCUCAAAGGUUUGAUGGCAUUGAUAGGCAUGAUCGAUAUGCUAACCGAAACAUUGUCUUCUUUGAUAUCAAUAUGAAAGGCCUAGAUGGAAUUCAAGGACCAAUUUAUGUGGGAACUGGGUGUGUUUUCAGAAGACAAGCACUGUAUGGGUUUGAUGCUCCAAAAUCGAAGAAGCCACCAACAAGGACGUGCAACUGUUGGCCAAAAUGGUGCUGCUGUUGCUGCUGCCCUGGAAAGAAGAAGAAGAAGUCAACUAAGGGCAAGCAAGAAAAGAAAAAGAAAAGUUUCAGGAGAGGUGAAAGUGCAGCUCCAGUGUUUGCUUUGGAGGGGAUUGAAGAAGGCAUUGAAGGGAUUGAGAGUGAAAAGUCAAUCAUGAUGUCCGAAACAAAGUUAGAAAAGAAGUUUGGGCAAUCUCCUGUUUUUGUUGCCUCUACUUUACUGGAGAACGGAGGGACACUUAAAAGUGCGACUCCAGCAUCACUGCUCAAGGAGGCUAUCCAUGUCAUCAGUUGCGGCUAUGAAGACAAGACUGAUUGGGGCAAAGAGGUUGGAUGGAUUUAUGGUUCUGUCACAGAAGAUAUUUUGACUGGUUUUAAAAUGCAUUGUCAUGGAUGGCGCUCAAUCUAUUGUGUUCCAUCAAGGCCUGCAUUCAAAGGCUCUGCUCCACUUAAUCUUUCAGAUCGUCUUCAUCAAGUUCUUAGGUGGGCACUUGGAUCUGUUGAGAUUUUCUUGAGCAGGCACUGCCCCCUGUGGUAUGGAUACGGAGGUGGCUUGAAAUGGUUAGAGAGGUUAUCAUACAUAAAUGCAACUGUGUAUCCUUGGACGUCAAUUCCCCUUCUAGCUUACUGUACCUUGCCUGCUGUUUGCUUGCUUACCGGAAAGUUCAUCACUCCAGAGCUUAGCAAUAUUGCUAGUUUGUGGUUUUUGUCAAUGUUCAUCUGUAUCUUCGCCACAAGCAUUUUGGAAAUGAGAUGGAGUGGUAUCGGCCUUGAUGACUGGUGGAGAAAUGAGCAGUUUUGGGUUAUUGGAGGCGUGUCUUCCCAUCUCUUUGCUGUUUUCCAAGGUCUUUUGAAAGUCCUUGCCGGUAUCGACACCAAUUUCACUGUAACAUCAAAGGCAGGAGAUGAUGAGGAGUUCUCAGAGCUGUAUACUUUUAAGUGGACCACUCUGCUUAUCCCUCCAACCACACUACUUGUGCUUAACCUGAUCGGUGUCGUCGCCGGUAUCUCUAAUGCCAUAAACAACGGAUAUGAAUCAUGGGGACCUUUGUUCGGUCGGCUCUUCUUUGCAUUCUGGGUGAUUGUGCAUCUCUAUCCCUUCCUCAAAGGUUUGGUUGGCCGGCACAACCGCACACCCACAAUCAUCAUCGUCUGGUCGAUUCUCCUUGCUUCAAUUUUCUCCCUUCUAUGGGUUCGUAUCGAUCCCUUCUUGCCAAAGGAUGAUGGCCCUGUUCUCGAAGAGUGUGGAUUGGACUGCAACUAAACUUACAAGCUCAUAGCAUUGAUCACAAUGAAUGGAAAGAUGGAGAGAAUUGAUGGAAGUUUAUCCCAACAUCUGAAAUCCAGUGUAAGUAGAAACAAAAGCCGUGCUGCUGCAUUUUCUUUCCAACAAUGAAUCUGAAGGUCAGGCUUCCCUUGUGUAGUUUGUGGUGUAAGAACGUCCGUUGUCGGUCGGUCAGUUAGUUGCAGCAUUGCUCCUUCAAUUCUUUAUUAGUUUGGACGAAAAUGUGAGAGAGACGAGGCAACAAAUUGUUCAUGUGCUAUUGCUGUUGAUGUCUAUAUAGAUUUGUUCACAAUAAAUCAAGCAACCAGGCAUUCCCUGCUGCUUGAAACUCACAAAGGAAGCUCAGGAAUUGUUCAGUUAGUCAAUGUUAUUUCCCAUUUUUGGGUAUUUCUGUUCUUGUUAUAUCUAGUGAUGUAAACAGACAUAAAAGAGAAGGAACAAGAGUUGUCAUGUUUGUUAUAUUUAUUUAUACAUUUGGUUUGUCAGUGUUAA